AGAGAGAGAGAGAAAGACAGGGUACGUGUGUACUCCGGGAGAGCGCGUGUGCCGAUGGCGCUCGAGAGCGGGCGCUCGCGAUACUCCGCGGUAUCGGAUUCGAUGGCGAGCACGAUGACGAUGUCGCGGGUGCGCGUGGUCGAUAGACCGGCCGUGUUACCGCGGUCUUUACCGUGGCCCUUUUCGCGAAGUGUGCACGAGUACGUAAUGGCGAGGCGGCAGCGACGACUACGACACCGACGACGACGACGACGACGACGACGACGAUGAUGACGACGCGAUGGCAAUGGCGAUGGCAAUGGCGAUGACGUUGGCAACGGCGGUGGAGCAAUCGCUCUCCUCUACCACGCGGACCAGUGGCCGAAAGGAGAAACGAGAGAGCGAAAUGAGGAGAGAAGAUGUUUCGUCUGGACGCGCGACGUGCACACGUAUAUACAAUCAUGUCUCGUGUACAUAUACGGUUAUACGUACGUACACACGUGAACACGCAGAUCUGCCUGGCGUCCUUGAGUGAAUGUUUGACGACGAUUAAGCAGGUAGACGGAUUGCCCGACGACAAAAGGAAAGGUUUCAAAGAAUAGUUGGUUACCGUUAUAGCCUUCAAAAAUGGAGGGUGGAAUCAGUAGGCUGGAUUGCUACGAGGACAUGUUCAAAGAAAUUACGAGGAAACUUUACGGGGAGGACCCCGACCAUAGAACGUCAAGCGUGCAAAACGAGUUCGAGACAUCAGUUUCGUACAAAAAUGACGAAGAUACCGGAAACGGAACUGAUGGCAGUGAUGACGGAAAUUGGACGUGUGAAGAAGAACCGCUCAAGGGUACAGACGGGAGCAGAAUUGCAGCUUAUCACGCGAGUAAAGGCACAUGGCGAUGUUACGAGUGCGGUGAUGUUAUGGGGGGUGGUCCACGAGAGGCUGCAGAGCACUUUAUGGAACUACAUUCGUCACGAAUUCUUGCUGACGACAAUAGGCAUAGGCAUCAUUCGCCACGCAAAGAUUAUUUGCAGACAGAGUUAAAAGUUGACGACGUAGUAACGUACUUGGAAAGGUUGAGGGAAAGGGCUGAACGAGCUGCUCCUCCCACUCGUAGAACACAAGAAACACAAACUUUACCUGCGACUCUAUUACCCAUGACUCCCACGUUUUUGCUACAAGAGUUGCCCUCUACGCCACAAUCACAGCAUCUGCAUCAGACCACACCACCGCCUUCCACUUCGACACCAUCCACGAGCGCGGCGGUUAAGCGAUACAACUGCCAAUGUUGUCCUUACGGCACCGAUAGGCGUGAUCUAUUUGUACGCCACGAGAACAUUCAUCGGGAGGACAAGCCUUUCUACUGUUAUGAAUGCCACAAGCCCUUCAAUCGUGCUGACCACGUAAAAAAGCAUUUCGCACGUAUGCAUCGUGACAGCGUUUACGAUGUCACGAGAAUAAGAAGGCCUCCGGAGCCGAAACCAAUAGUACAAGAUCAGAUUGAAGCACCGGGGCCUAGCAACAGCAUAAAUGGUCAACAGCAACAGCAACAGCAGCAACAACAGCAACAACAUGUUGGUUACCAGCCUUUCACUGGUAGCAGGGCGUAUCAAUUACAACCAACCCCUGGAACGAGCAAUGGGAUUUAUCAAGCGCCUACAAUGCAAAAUAUUGCUAGUGGGAUUUCGUUACCCGAAACAAAUACCAAUAGAAGGGGGCAAAAUAGUGGAUGUCACAGUAAAAGCCACACCAAAAGUAAUUCAAAGAAUGCGAACGAACGAAGGUUUUCGUGUCAGUACUGUGCAUGGACGGGAGUGGACAAUUGGUGUUUAAAAAGACAUUUGAAUACUCAUAUUAAGCCGUAUUUAUGUACACUAUGCGACUACAAAGCAGCACGUUCCGAGAGACUCUCGACGCAUUUGUUGAGGGUACACGCUAAAAAACAGUGUACAAAAUGCCCCACGAUCUUGUUCGAUACCGACGCCGAGUUGCAAAUGCACCAAUUACAAACACAUCGUAUGACCAGUGCAUCAACAUCGACCUCUCGGGCGGCACCGUCGACAAGUCGAGCUACGAUACAACAACCAUUGCAGCAUCCCGCUGUCGGAGGCCGUGCGCCACCUGGGCCGCCCGUUUUUCCAGCUCCAGCCCAACCAAUAACACAAUCUUCCUCCAGCGCCGGGGUACAGGCGGCAAAUAUUCCUCUCGGCCACGAGAUGGUAAAGUCCCCUGCAACUGCAACGACUAUGGCAUACCCCACGGAGGAGGAGAAGCGAUCGUAUCGUUGCGCUGGCGACGUCAACGGUGACGGUGACGUCAACCAUGACGACGACAACAACGACGACGGCUACGACGAUGACAAUGACGGCGUCGUCCGAAAAAAUGGUAACCGCGAGGAACGCAAUCAUGAUUUCGGCGCCCGUUGCGUCUGCAGUUUCAAGAGCGAUAGGGACUUUAAAUCACGUAGCGAUUGCAAUAACAGAUGUGCUAAGAACGAUAUUGAUGUGUCCGACAGCUUGUUACUUGAGCAGUUUAACCGAUUAAACGGGAAUUACCAGUCGAUAAUGGAGGAGAUUAAACGAGAGCUGCACAGCGCGGAGAUUGUGCUAGAUCACACGCAAAAUGAAGAAUCGCAGGAUUCAUGGUUGCACGAUGCAAUUGACACCGACAUGAUACACACCGCUUUAAUUCAACGUCUACACGGUCAGGAGAGCAAUGAAACCGAGACGCAAGAACGGACAAGACGACGGAAGCAACUGCACCCGAAGAAAGUGGUACCCUGUAAACUCUCGGAGUCGAAUGGUUUAACUGAAGAUUGGUUGUGCACUAUGGACUCAUCCAAUUCACCGCCACCUGUGGCCACCGAAAUUGGCAUAUUCAAAGCGAAGAUAUACGACUUCGCAAAAACAAAACAGAGAUAUGCACCAUACCUAGCAAGAAAGAAACAAUGGAAAGCUAUGCUAAAUAACCACAAAGGAAGAAACGUGGGAGAGUAGAAAGCGAGGAGAGAGGAGAAGUAAGCGACACAAACAACGACGACUGCUUCUAGACUGCAGCUGAUAAGGAUACAUACUCUCCUGCAUACGAGACUAUCCUAAGUCUAUACUGAUCGUCGGCAAUGUGAACAGCAAUGGGUACUACUACACGAACAGAAUGAGACGAUCUACAUUAGUGGCUGCUGGCAAAAAACGCUUUAAUAUUGAUAAAAUUUAUGCUCCAGUUUCCAAAACCAAAGAACUAUAUCAAAAAUUUGUUUGUAGGAAGUAAAAUUGCAAUGACGGUACGGAGCUAGCGCACAGACUCGUUCCUACGUGUUAAAAUGCGUUCAGCAGAAAAAAUUGCUUUAUGACCGUUCGAAUUCAUGAAUUCAAUCUAUCUAUGAAUUGGUAUAUGUUCUUAUAUUCAACCGAGAUUAACAAUGUAUACAAAUCAGAUUCACAAAUUUUAUACGGUUGUAAAAUAGUUUUUGUUGCUGAACGCAUUUAUUAACAAA